CACGCAUGUGGAAAGCUCGGGCUUCAUAAGCCAGCCGCUGCCACUCAGCGUCUCAGUCUACAUCAGUGCUGCAGCUCGGAGAAGAACAUGGCACUGGCUGACACGGAGCGCGGAGCUUCCAGCUGUGGGGACCCAUGUGCCCCUUUUUCAGAGAUAAUCGAGCUGAAUGUGGGUGGGCAGGUUUAUGUGACCAGACAUAAAACUCUGAUUGCGGUCCCAGACUCGCUAUUGUGGAACAUGUUUAGUAAGAAGUCACCCAAGGAGCUGGCUAGAGACAGCAAAGGGCGCUUUUUCUUGGAUAGGGACGGCUUUUUGUUCCGCUACAUUCUUGAUUAUCUCCGGGAUCUGAACUUGGUCCUUCCGGACUACUUCCCAGAAAAAAGUCGACUGCAGAGGGAGGCUGACUUUUUCCAGCUUCGGGACCUUGCCAAACGUCUCAGCCCGCGGGUGAGUAAGGACAACUCCAUCAGCGAAGAGAUCAGCCAGAGUGACACGGAGGAGGGCGCGCAGCAGUGCUGCUCCUCUGGUGGCAUCGAGACUUUACGCACCAUGUCCGUCAGUGGGGCCAUGCGCUCCCCCUCUAUAGACUCCAGAAAAUCGGGCUAUAUAACGAUAGGAUACCGCGGCUCGUAUACUAUUGGCAGAGACAUUCAAACCGAUGCCAAAUUCAGGAGAGUGGCACGCAUCACAGUUUGCGGGAAGACGUCUCUGGCCAAAGAAGUAUUUGGGGACACGCUGAAUGAAAGCAGAGACCCGGACAGGCCCCCGGAGAGAUACACAUCCCGCUACUAUCUCAAGUAUAAUUUUCUAGAGCAGGCGUUUGACAAGCUGACAGAGGUGGGCUUCCACAUGGUGGCCUGCAGCUCCACAGGCACCUGCGCCUACACCAGCAAUGAUCCAAAUGAAGAUAAAAUCUGGACAAGCUACACUGAAUAUGUAUUCUGCCGGGAAUAACCAUCAGUGCUCACACCAUGUUUAUGUAAAUAUGCAUAUUAUAAUUUAGAGGAGAAUGUUUUUAAAAAGUACAAUUUGCUGUACUGAAUGAUAAGGAUUGGGAAGGAUGAGUGGCUGAUAACAGAAAGGAUGAAGCAGCAAAAUAGAUGCAAAAUACCCCCAAAAUAGAUUCUAAACAAAUGCUGACAGCACGUCAAAGAACAGGCUGUGCAGUUUGGUGGUUCAAAGUGAGCAGAACAUCAUUUGAGUUGACACUCAUCCAAACAAUUGAACCAACGAUUACAUGAUCAUCUUCAUCUCAUGGGACUGCAUGUCAGUGUUCAGGAGCAGACAAGCAGUAGUAUUCAGUGUCAGUGUAACUUCUAGGCUUACUUGUUUGGCCAAGUUUUGUAAUAUCUUAUAUGCUCUUAUAGCAGUUCAAUCACUGCAAAUGAUUGUAAGUGUAUGUGGAGUGCUGGUUGUAUUUGUUAUAAACUGUUCAAACUAAAUAAAACCUUUUACUCUUUCA